UAAAUAAACAAAUAAAAGUUCUGCCUGUCAAUGUAUUGUAUUUUUAAUUGUUGAUAAUAAUUAAUAACUCGAAUUCUACUAGCUGACAGAUGAUACUAUUUAUUUAUAAAAACAAAACGAAAAAAAAAAAAUUAAUUUAAAAUGGAUAUUAAACAAAAAGUAAUUGAAAAAUUUAAUGAAGUAUUUGGUGAUGACAUUAAAAAUUUAGAUAAUAUAAAAAAUUUUCAUGAGCAGCUGGUUAUUGAAAAAAAAAAUAUUAAAGAAUCGUUGACAAUGGCAUCAACAGAAACACCAUCAAAAUUAUUUUUAAAUGUUGAUAAUAUAAAAUUAGAAUUUGAAAAACCAAUAAAAAAAUCAAAUAAUUUACUUGAAAAAAUAAAUAAAGUAUUAAUUGAAGAUAAUAAAACAAAAGAUGUACAAAAUGACAUAAAUAAUAUUGAAGAAUUAGAAAAAUCAUUAUGUUAUUUAAAAUUUUUACAAAAUAUUGAAGAUAUAAGUAAUGAAAUGGAAACAUCAAUGGAUAUUUGUGAUGAUGAAUCAAUGAUAUCACUUUAUAUAAAUUUAGUUGAUAUUAGUUAUCAAAUUGAAACAUCAUUAUGUAAAAAUUUAUUACAUUAUGUUCAUGAAACAUUACAUUAUUGGCAUAAUAUAUUAAAAGAUAAAUUAUCAAAUGAAUAUAUGGAUAUAUUAAAAACUUUAAAAUGGCCAUUUUGUGGUAAAAAUGUAUCAGCUAUUGUAACACCUCUACCAGAUACAAUAAUAAGAUUUAAAAUUUUAACUGAAUAUUUAUUACAAUUACAAUUACCAGAUGAAAAACAUGGAACAACAGUUAAAUCAGUUUUAUUAACUGAUUUUACACCAGUAUGUUUACCAAUAUCAUUAUUAAUUCGUCCAUUAAAACAAAGAUUUAUAUAUCAUUUUAGUGGUAAUAAACAAACAAAUAGACGUGAUAAACCAGAAUGGUUUUUUACACAAAUAUUAACAUGGAUAAAAGAUCAUGAAAAAUGGAUUGAUAAUAAUGUACAGCCAGUUAUUGAUUCAUCUGGUUUUUCUCAUAUACAUGGAAAAAUUGAAUUUAUGAGAGGUUUAGUACAGCUUGCUGUUGAAAAAUUACAUUCUGAAUUACAAAUUGUACAAUAUGAUGAUGCUUUAUUUGGUCAUUUUGUUGAUGAAGCAUUGGGUUUUGAAAGAGAACUUAGAGAUACAUUAUUAUAUCCAUCAAAUCAACCAGCAACUGUAUUUGUAUUAACACAAGCACAAAUAUUUUCAAAAUGGAUUAAUAUGGAAAAAAAAUAUGCUACUGAAAAAAUGGAUAGUAUAUUAAGUGCAACAACAGCAUGGCAAAAAAUUGAUCCAUAUGAUACUGAUGAAAUGAAAAUAACUGAAUGUGCUGAUGGUUUUUUAACAUUAUUAAUAACAAUAUGUGAUAGAUAUAAACAUUUACCACAACCAGGACAUAGAUUACAAUUUUUAGAAUUACAAUUAGAAUUAAUUGAUGAUUGGAGAGUUAGAUUAUUACAAUUAUUACAUCAAGAACAUUGUCAUGAUCCAUUAAAAUCAUUAAUACCAAAAAUAUUAAAUUCAUUAAAUUAUGUAUCAAGUGUAUUAAUUGAAUGGGGUGUUACUGUACAUUAUUUACAAUUAAAUUUUUUUAAAAAUAAACGUGAUGCUGUUGAAGUAGCAAAUGCUUUAUCACAAGAUAAUAUUAUUAUUGAUAAUGAAGAUGAUGAAAAUAGUACAAUAUUUGAUGAUGCUAUUGGAUUACUUAAACGUCUUGAAAAUGAAUUAAUAAAUGAAAUUUGUGAAUCAAUAUUUAUUGAUAUUAAAAAUAAAAGUAAAACAUAUAUUAUUGAUAAAUGGUUUUCAAUGCAAAAUGAAAAACAAGUAUCAUCAUUAUCAUUAACACAAAGUGGAUGUUUAAUGUUUCAAGAAUUAUCAUUAAAAUUACAUGAUUUACAUCAAGUACUUGCAUUACCAAUAUUUAAAUUAACAUGUAAAAUUAUUGCUAAAAAAUUAGAUAUAUAUCUUUUUAAUGAACUUGUUUUAAAUAAUAAAUUUAAUGUUGGUGGUGCAGCACAGCUAAAAUUUGAUAUAACUAAAAAUUUAUUUACAUUAUUUGGUAUUUAUUGUAUUAAGCCAGAAUCAUAUUUUCCAUUAAUGAGAGAAAGUUGUAUAUUAUUAAAUACAUUAUUGGGUUCAGCAAUGCUUAUGAUUGAAGCAAUUUCUAAUGGUGAUGAUGAUGAAAAUAAUGGUAAAGAAAUUUUAGCUGAUAUUGGUGUUUAUAAAAUGUCAACAGAAACAGCAUUAAUGGUUCUUCAAACACGUACUGAUAUUGGAAUGUAAAUAAAUAUUUUUAAUAUAAUUAAAUUAGUUACUAACAAAUAAAUAUUAUAUUUUAUUAUUAUUAUAAUAUAUAAUUUAAUAAUACAAAUGGAUUAUAAUUAUUUUUUAAAAUCAACAUAAUAAUGUAAUUCCACCAUUAUCAGCUCCAAGUAAUAAAAGUUUAUUCAAUGGUAAAA